AUGAACGAAAAUCUAUUUGCCUCUUUCAUUACCCCUACAAUAAUAGGUCUACCAGUAGUAGUACUAGUUAUUAUAUUCCCAAUUAUCCUAUUUCCAACCUCAGCCCGUCUAAUUAACAACCGAUUUAUCUCCCUCCAACGAUGGUUAGUUCAACUAGUACUUAAACAAAUAAUGUCUACACACAAUAAUAAAGGUCGAACCUGAUCCCUAAUAUUAAUCUCCCUAAUUUUAUUUAUUGGAUCCACAAACCUAUUAGGCCUACUGCCCCACUCCUUCACACCAACUACCCAAUUAUCAAUAAAUUUAGGUAUAGCGAUUCCUCUAUGAGCAGGAGCAGUAAUUACCGGCUUCCGACACAAAACCAAAGCAUCCUUGGCUCACUUUCUCCCACAAGGGACCCCCUUUCCCCUUAUUCCGAUACUGAUUAUUAUCGAAACAAUCAGCCUCUUUAUUCAACCAAUAGCUCUAGCCGUACGACUGACCGCCAAUAUUACAGCAGGUCACUUGCUCAUACACUUAAUUGGAGGGGCUACUCUAGUUUUAUCAUCAAUUAGCACCAUUGCAGCAUUAACAACAUUUAUUAUUCUUAUAUUACUAACAAUUCUAGAACUAGCUGUGGCCCUUAUUCAAGCUUAUGUUUUUACACUUCUAGUAAGUCUUUAUUUACAUGAUAACACAUAA